CUGCUGUAUCUCACUGAGUCGCACUGCACUGUUACAGCAGCACCAUGAAGGAUUUUAGAGUGGAGCUCAGUGAAGACAUGCAGGUAGAUUCAAAAAUGAAUAAUAAAUAUAACAGGCAUGAGUUCAUGCAGCACCAGAGUAAUACUGCCAGGACCAACCAGCAGUCUCCAAGAAGAGGAAGUAAAUGCGGAGGCUGUAAAGUGGCUGCAGUGUGUCUGGGGCUGAUGUGUGUUCUCCUGCUGGUUGCCAUCACACUGCUGUGGUUUAGGAUUUGUGUGAAUAAAGAGAAUGAAGGGAUGCUUUCACAGAUGGAUGGAUGGACAUAUUUCCGCUCCAGUAUGUACUACCGCAGUUCUGAGAGAAAAACGUGGAGUGAGGCCAGACAGCACUGCAAAGAGAAAGGAGCAGACCUGGUGAUCAUAAACAGCGAGGAGGAACAGAAAUUCAUUGACAAACAAUUUGGCGAAGUUUGGAUUGGUCUGACUGACCACGGCAGCGAAGGUGUCUGGAAAUGGGUGGAUGGUUCAACUAUGACCAUUGGGUACUGGAGACGUGGAGAACCAAACAAUAAAGGAGAUGAGGACUGCGUUGUAACUAGCUGGAACUGGAAUGAUUUAACCUGUAAUACAGACAAACUCUGCGUUUGUGAGAGGAGACUUUUUAUAUGACUACAACAGACCUGCCCAUAAACACGCAUUUUGACCUUUGUGCCCCCCCCUCCCAUUCUGAAUUUGACUUCAUUACUCCAACAUUCUACAGUAAUAUCACUUAUCACUUAAUUUUUAUGAUUAAUGGUAUGAAAUUUGUUUUUUAUGGAUUUAAUGGAGCUAUUUGAUAACAGUUUGAUUUGCUGGUUUUAUAGAACUCUGAAUAUAGUUUAUGCACAACUGACUUCCCAUUACUCCAAAUUACUACUGUAAUAUCAUUCGAAACAUAAACCUUUAA